ACUUACUGAAACUGUAUGUAUUGACAAGAAAAACAAAGGAGAGACCAAAAGUUGACUUUCUGAGGCCGGAGAAAAGAUCUAUCAAAUGGCCGACGAUAGCCAGAUCAGAAUCGGAGUGUUGAGCUGCACAAACAUCGUCAGAAAAGUCUCUCGAGCUAUCAAUCUAGCUCCAAACGCUACUGUAGCAGCCAUAGCCAGCAUCAGCAACUCCAUCGAAGAAAUGAAAUCGUUUGCGGCAUCUAAUAAUUUCCCUCCGACCGCGAAGAUUCAUGGCUCUUACGAGUCCCUUCUAGAAGAUCCUGAUGUAGACGCCGUCUACUUUCCUAUUCCGGCUAGCCUCCACGUGGAGUGGGCUGUACGCGCCGCUCAGAAGGGGAAACACAUACUGCUUGACAAGCCAGUUGCUCUUAGUGUUUACGAGUUCGAUCAGAUAGUUGAGGCUUGUGAAGCUAACGGGAUUCAGUUUAUGGAUGGGACUCAGUGGAUCCACAAUCCUAGGACUGCUAAGAUUAAGGAGUUUCUCACCGAUCCAGCGACUUUUGGCCAGCUCAAAACCACGCCAAUAUUUGCGUUUGCGUUCAUAAAUCGUAAGAGACAAAAAAAAAAAAAGGUGCAAAGCUGUUUCUCAUUUGCAGCAAACGAAAACUUUCUAAAGAAAGACAUACGUGUAAAGCCUGGUCUUGAUGGUCUCGGUGCACUGGGUGAUGCAGGAUGGUACACAAUCCAAGCAUCUCUUCUCGCCAACAGCUUCAGACUUCCGAAAACAGUCACUGCGUUGCCCGGUCAUGUCCUUAACGAUGCAGGAAUCGUUCUCUCUUGUGGUGCACUGCUCGAUUGGGAAGAAGGGGUAACCGCAACAAUCUACUGCUCUUUCUUGGCAAAUGUAACAAUGGAGAUAACUGCGAUCGGUACAAAAGGCACUCUCCGUGUCCAAGACUUUGUUAUCCCAUUUCAAGAAACCGAGGCCUCGUUUACUACAAGCACUACAGACUGUCUCAGUGAGCACAAAACUAUGAAUGAGAUUCCACAAGAGGCGUGUAUGGUGAUUGAGUUUGCUCGGUUAGUUGGAGAAAUAAAAAACAGGGGAGCUAAACCGGAUGGUUUCUGGCUUAGCUUUAGCCGGAAGACGCAGGUUAUCGUUGAUGCCGUGAAAGAGUCACUUGAUAAUAACCUUGAACGGGUUCUUGUAUCAGGCCGGUAAAUGGUAAUUUAAACAAAGAGCUCAGUUCAGCUUUCUUUUGUCUAUGCUUUAGAUAAAAUAUCACGAUCCUACUGAUCUUGAUAAAAGAAAAGAACAAAAAAAAAAAAGUAUCAGUCGUGUUUGUACUAAUUUUCUGGCAUUUUCAUGUUUUGGUAAAUAAAACUCAAUCAUAAAUUUUUACUUCUUUUUUAUAAUUUUCUGGCACUUUCAUGUUUGG